AUGGUCCUCGACGCCAUUGGGAUCGGCCUCGGCGCCGCCACCUUUGCCGCCGACCUGACUCUCGCCAUCGUCAAGCUCAAGCAGUUAUGGGACGAAGUCAAGGACACCCCCGAUGAAAUCGCGAGUAUUCUUGAAAACCUCCAAGUCAUCGACUUGAUCAUUGGAUACGGAGCUGCAAAAAUCAAAUGGUUUCAAGAGGCGCUCGCCUCGAUCAAAAUUGUGCUCCAGAAGUCCACCUUCCAGCAUCUUGAGAAGAAGCUCCAACGAGCCCUGCAGACGUUGGACUUGGCCAUCCGGAAUUUCGAACUGUAA